AUAUAUCAUACGUGUAUAUCAUCCAAGUACGCCCUUCGUGGUUAUAUAUCGUUCUAUGAGAUAAGAGGACCAUGGACCCCUACGUAAUCACGACGCUAAGUUCUUCGCGAUUGUGUAAUAAGUGAGAUCUGAUAGGAGUUAUCCGGCAAUGGUUUAAGCUACCCCUCAAUACGCCUUUCCUGUAUCGGUCUGUAGGAGCCCAACCGGCAGGGAGCUAUGCGCUUCGCGUACAGUAAUCGCAUAUGUGCAUAGAUCAUGUAGAAUCCUACGCACUUGGGGUACCCACCCCUUAAAGAGCUCAGCUCUCCGUAGGUUUUGGUCUGGUCGUUCGUCGUCUGUACGUCUCACGCUCUCUAAAUCUCUCGAAAGCUGUAACCAUGUUUCAAAUCGCUAGCCUACUACCCAAAAUCUUGGGUACUACCACCACCACAACAACAACAACGGAGACAGAGCCGGAGCCAGAGGCGAAGACAGAGACAGAAACAAAGCCGGACCCGGAACCAGAGCCGGAGAAGAAGCCGGUGACACCAGAAGCCGAAAAGGCGCGCGCAGCGUACCUGCUAGACGCGCAGAGCAAAGCCGUGUCCCUGUUCGCCGAGAUCGAAGAGAAACUAAUCCGCCCCGGGAUCAGCGAGAAGCAGCUGAGCGACGAGAUCCACGCGCUGGGCGAGGAGCGCCACGGCGUGCGGACGCACUGGCACAAGCGCGUCGUGCGGUCGGGCCCCAACACGCUGCUCCCCUUCGAGGACAACCCGCCCGACCGCGUCAUCGGGGCCGACGACAUCCUGUACGUCGACCUCGGCCCCGUGUUCGAGAAGUACGAGGCGGACUUCGCGCGCACGUUCGUGCUGGGGGAUGACCCCGAGAAGAUUAGGUUAAGGGACUCGCUCGAGCCGACGUGGAAGAGGGUUAAGGAACGCUUUGAUGCGGAGAGCAAGAGUAUGACGGGCGGCAGGCUGUACGAGAUUGCGCAAGAGGAGGCGAGGGACGCGGGGUGGGAGUUUGGCGCUUGGCUUGCUGGACAUCUGGUUGGGCAGUUCCCGCAUGAGCGCGUGCCGAAGGAUCAGACGAAGUUGUAUAUCACCGAGGGUAAUGAUGAGCUGAUGGAUGUGGAGGGCAAGGACGGGUUCAAAAGACAUUGGAUCUUGGAGAUUCAUCUGCGCGACAAUGCGAAUAAUAGGGCGGCUUUCUUUGAGCAGCUCUUGACUGUUGGGUAGACGUGUUCUUGGAUAGGAAAGUUCUUGGAUAUGUCGCCGUUGGGGGUGAUGUUUUGUGUAUACUUUUGGGUGGUAUAGGAUAUUACCUAAGUUCUAAAGGGGUAGGAUUAGCAAGAAUCCAUUUUGGAUAGUAGCGGCAAUUUACUGGCUUGAAUCCGUUGGCAUAUCCCUAGAUACGAAUAUUGCUCGUUAGAAUAAGAGAUGAAGUGAAAAAGUGAAAUUGAGUCGAGAAUAGUAAGGGGUAAG